CUCACUGUGUCUGUUUCUCACUCACUCUUCUCUCUCUUUCCCUCUGUCCCUCUCUCUUCUUCUACCUUUAUCCCUCGCCUUUCGCCGUCUCCCCCCCACUACAAACAUGAAUCUCUCGGCGAGGUGUUUGUUUCUUCUAUCAUGCCUCGGCGUGAUAUUGGCGAUCGAUUUGGACGCGAUUGAUCCGGGCUACUACGUGGUGCCCACUGCCACAUCAGAGGCGAUCGACUACAAGGAUCCCUGUAAAGCUGCUGCCUUUCUGGGAGACAUUGCUUUGGACGAAGAGGACCUAAAAUCUUUUAAAGUGGAUCGAAUUAUAGAUCUGGCUCAGAGAACAGUUCAGACCAUUAAUCACACAGAAACAGCCAGUGGCAGUGAUCCAAACAGACAGGGCGCACAGCGCAGAAGAAGGGCUGCCACCUCCAGACCUGAGCGCGUUUGGCCUGAAGGGGUCAUCCCCUAUGUCAUCAGCGGCAACUUUAGUGGCAGCCAGCGGGCUAUAUUCCGCCAAGCAAUGCGGCACUGGGAAAAGCACACCUGUGUGACCUUUAUAGAGAGGACCCAGGAGGAGAGCUAUAUUGUCUUCACCUACCGGCCGUGUGGAUGCUGCUCCUACGUGGGUCGCCGAGGAGGAGGACCCCAGGCCAUAUCCAUUGGUAAAAACUGUGACAAAUUUGGCAUUGUGGUGCACGAGCUGGGACACGUGAUCGGCUUCUGGCACGAACACACGCGGCCUGAUAGAGACGAGCACGUCAGCAUCAUCAGGGACAACAUCCAGCCAGGACAGGAGUAUAACUUUUUGAAGAUGGAGCCAGGGGAGGUUGACUCUUUGGGAGAAGUCUAUGACUUUGAUAGUAUCAUGCAUUAUGCUAGGAAUACAUUCUCCAGAGGUAUCUUCCUGGACACCAUCCUGCCACGCUACGAUGUGAACGGAGUGCGACCGCCCAUCGGCCAGAGAACCCGACUUAGCAAAGGGGAUAUUGCGCAAGCACGCAAACUCUACAAAUGCUCCAAAUGUGGGGACAGUCUGCAGGACAGCAGCGGGAACUUCUCCUCCCCUGGCUUCCCUAACGGAUACUCAGCCUACAUGCACUGCAUCUGGAGAAUAUCAGUCACACCAGGGGAAAAGAUCAUCUUGAACUUCACCUCCAUGGAUCUGUACAGGAGUCACCUAUGUUGGUAUGAUCAUGUGGAGAUCCGGGAUGGAUACUGGAGGAAGGCCCCACUCAAAGGUCGAUUCUGUGGCGAUAAGCUGCCCGAGCCAAUCAUCUCCACCGACAGCCGAUUGUGGAUUGAGUUCCGCAGCAGCAGUAACUGGGUCGGGAAGGGUUUCUCUGCUGUCUAUGAGGCCAUCUGUGGUGGUGAAGUGAAGCGGGACAAUGGCCAGAUUCAGUCCCCGAACUACCCUGAUGACUACAGGCCCAAUAAAGUUUGUAUAUGGAAGAUUUCUGUUAGUCAGGGCUUCCAUGUUGGCUUAACCUUCCAGUCUUUUGAGAUUGAAAGACAUGACAGCUGUGCAUAUGAUUACUUAGAGGUGCGUGAUGGGCUCUCUGAAAACAGCCCUUUGCUGGGCCGUUUCUGUGGAUACGACAAGCCGGAUGACAUUAAAACGAGCUCCAACCAUCUGUGGAUGAAAUUUGUUUCAGAUGGCUCCGUCAACAAAGCUGGCUUCGCUGCCAAUUUCUUCAAAGAGACGGAUGAGUGCUCCAAACCAGACAAUGGUCGCUGUGAGCAACGCUGUGUCAACACCCUGGGCAGCUACAAGUGUGCCUGUGAUCCAGGGUAUGAGCUGGCUGCUGACAAGCGCAGCUGUGAGGCUGCCUGCGGAGGCUUCAUUACCAAGUUGAACGGCUCAAUCACCAGCCCAGGUUGGCCCAGAGAAUAUCCUCCCAACAAAAACUGCAUCUGGCAACUGGUCGCCCCCACUCAGUAUCGCAUCACUCUGCUCUUUGACGUCUUCGAGACUGAGGGCAAUGACGUUUGUAAGUACGACUACGUAGAGGUACGCAGCGGGCUCUCAGCAGACUCGAAGCUGCACGGAAAGUUCUGUGGAGCAGAAAAACCAGAAGCCAUAACCUCUCAGUACAACAACAUGCGUAUAGAGUUCAAAUCGGACAACACAGUCUCCAAAAAGGGCUUUAAAGCCCAGUUCUUCUCAGACAAAGAUGAGUGCUCUAAGGAGAAUGGCGGCUGCCAGCAUGAGUGUGUCAACACCUUUGGAAGCUACAGCUGUCAGUGUAGGAGCGGCUUUGUGCUGCAUGAGAACAAACACGACUGUAAAGAAGCUGGCUGUGACCACACUGUGAAUAGUGUGAGCGGUAUUAUUACCAGCCCUAACUGGCCAGAUAAAUACCCCAGCAAGAAAGCAUGCACCUGGGCACUCACCACCACUCCAGGCCACCGCAUCAAAAUAGCCUUUAAUGAGAUUGACAUGGAGGCCCACCUAGAAUGUGCGUAUGACCACAUAGAGAUAUACGACGGGCGAGAUGCAAAAGCCACCUCCUUAGGUCGCUUCUGUGGCUCCAAGAAACCCCCACCCACCAUAUCAAGUAGCAACAAGCUGUUCAUUCGUUUCUUCUCUGACAACUCUGUGCAGAAAAAAGGUUUUGAGGCUUCUCAUUCUGCAGAGUGUGGAGGUCGUUCAAAGGCUGAAGUCAAAACCAAGGACCUGUUUUCUCAUGCCCAGUUUGGGGACAAUAACUAUCCUGGAGCAUCCGACUGUCAGUGGGUGAUUUCCGCAGAGAAAGGAUAUGGUGUAGAGCUCAUCUUCCAGACCUUUGAGAUAGAGGAGGAGGCGGACUGCGGUUACGACUACAUGGAGCUCUUUGAUGGAGCGGACACCAAGUCUCCUCGACUCGGACGUUACUGUGGCUCAGGGCCCCCAGAGGAGAUCUACUCGGCCGGUGACUCCAUUGUCAUCAAGUUCCACUCUGAUGACACAAUCAACAAGAAAGGUUUUCAUGUCCGCUAUACUAGCACCAAGUUCCAGGAUACACUGCACUCACGCAAGUGACCAGCGGGGGCUGGAAGGGGCCGUGCAGGGCAAAGGGGCAAAAGGAGGGGCCCCCAGCGGAGGCGUCAGCCUGUCUCUCGGAAACCUUCGGCCACCAAGACGAAUCAGACUCGACAGAACAGCCGCAAGACCACCAACCGCACCUCAGCACCCAGGGGCUCUAACUCCCCCCACAGACUGUGAGGAGUAAAGCCAUUCUACAGUACAACUUGUUUUUACCUUUUUAUGGUUAGGGUUGGGGUGAGAGGACGACAUCAUCUUUAGGAAUAAAGUAGGGGAAAAUGUAUUGAUCCACUCCCCUCCAAAAAUGUUUUUUUUGUUUUGUUUCGUUCUUCUUCUUUUUUUAUUUUUUUUUAAACAUGCCUUCUACCAAGAGGCAAAAAGGAAAAGAGUGGAUUCUCAGGACCUGUAGGAAGGCAGGCAUCAGCUGGACAGAUCCCUGCUUUUGUCAGGCCAGCCCCACCGCAUGCAGGGGGUGGAGAGGAACAGGAGGAGGAGUAUGGGAACAUCUCCUGCACUCCUCGGUUAUUGCUCUCCUCCCCUCGCACCCUCAUGCCUACAGUGCAAGAAUUCCUGUCCAUAAGAGGAUUUAAAGGACUUGACUUGAGAUUUAUUUGAAACUGUAUGUCAGCCAAUUGCAUGUAAUUACAAGGAGUGAAGGAAAGCUGUACAGCGGCAACACCAACAUUUGUAUUUGGCAUUGUCCUGGCAGCCAGUGGCAAGAUUCUUGUUGUUAUCAUUAACAAGGAAAUUAGGUAAGCAAUUACCUUAUUAAAGGACUAAUAAAUGAAAUGUGCUCCAUGUCUUCUGGUUGGUACUUACUUCCCUAAUGACUGGCUAUUUCUGUACCUCCAUGCAUAAAGUAAUGUGUUUUUUUUUUAUUUUAUUUUUUUCCAUGGGAACAUGUGCUUUUUUUCAGCUUGAACCAGUUAGCACUUUACAGUGAAUUGUUCCAAAAUCAUGAGCUUCUAAAACUUUGUGAAAUGCAAUGCCAGUUCACUUAUUUUAAAAUGCAUUUGAUCUCUUAUUCUUUUUUUAAUUGCUCCAUCUAGUUCCUCAGGCAUACAUGAACAUUGUGUGUGCCCUGUAACAUGGGGUGAAAUAAAGACAUGACUUUAUGCAGUAUUGUUUUGCAGUUCUGAUGUAAAGUACAUUCUCCAAGAGAAAUUUGCCUUUUCUUUGGUACAAUGAAACAUUUCUGGAUGACCAAAUGAGCCGGGGUAUUUAUUGUUACACAUAUAAUGUAAAGGUGGAAAGGAUCCUAUAAAUGCCUUCUAAUGUAUAGCCACUUGUCUCUGUUUAAUAUAUGUUGUCCCUCUCUAGCUUUCUCUGUAAUUCGGCACCAUGUUUAAAGAACGUGCUGCUGUCUGAUACAUUUGUGUUCUGUCUGAACUUUAUUUCGCAGGAAUAGUUUGGAGCUGCACACUUGCUUUGGGCCAUUUUAAAGUAUCCUGGAGGUGAGCUGACUUGCUGUGACUGUAGUUAAUCAAGGAUGUGUAAAAGAACAUAAAUGGGAACCUAACCCCCAGCAAACGCACUAGAUGACUAUGAAGUAUAAAUAUCUCUCGUAUCAUUUAGGAUUUACUAUUUUUAGUUAGAGCUUGUCACUUCAUAGAAAUAACGAAAGUAGUGUUUACUUUCUUAUACCCCUGUCACACUAUUGUGUAUCUGUCUUACAUAUAUAAGUUCAGUCCAUUUUCAGUCCAUUUAUCUCAAUGUCAUACAAAGAUCAAAACCACCCUUUUCAUCCAAAAUAUUUUAUGUUAUAGCAAAUACCUCAUAGGGAUUUUGAAAUUUCUUAUCUAGAUGCUACUUUGUAAAAAAAAUGCAGAAGUUCUAUAUAAAUGUCAUAGCAAUGACCUGAUAAUCUAAUCUCAUGCAGUGCUAGGCAGAUGCUCUUUCUUCACUGAUGAAGAUUCCCUCAAAUCCAAAUGCCCUGAAGUGGUUACAACGGAAGGACAGACUGACCUAUUUUUAGAUUAUUUUGAACAAUUAUUAGAACACUUGGGAACCUUCAGAGUGUGUAUUGAAUAUACAAAGCAUUGCACUUUUAGCUCAAUGUGUUCAGGCAAAUGUGAAGUAUGGCAAACAAACAAAAUAAACAAUUACGUCACUGCUUAAGUAAUACUCCCUUCA